CUCGGGGGCAGGUCCGUGCGCACAGGGGGGCGGGGGGUGUGCGGGGCGGGUGCGGGGCGGCGGGACAGGCCUCCCCGCGCGGUUGCGCCGCCGCACGCCUCCUGCCGCCGUAUCCAGGCACCCGCGCCGUGCGCCACCGGCCCCGCGCGGGAAGGCGGGGAGCUCGUGAUUGACGGCCGGCGCCGCCAAUCAGAAAGGCCGCCUCGCCGUUAGCCCGGGCGCUCCCCCAAUAGCAGCGGGCGGGGGCGGGGCGAGGCCGGCCCGGACUAGCGUGAGGCGGCAGCCGCGCUCCGCACAGCCGAAGCCUUCACCGCGGCGGCGCUGGCGGCUCUGCCCGGGAGCUGCGGGAGGCGGUGCGGAUGGUGAGAGGAGCCGCCCAGCAGCGCUUACCCCGCACCGGCCCGGCCUCCAGAGCUCCAGGCCCAGCGGAGAAGCCGUGUCGCAGGCGGAAGCCCAGGACUGAGUUUGCCCUAAAAGAAAUCAUGUCAUCAGGAGGAGCUGAAGAUGAUAUUCCUCAAGCAGAGAGGAAAACAGUGACAGACUUUUGCUACUUAUUGGAUAAAUCUAAACAGCUAUUCAAUGGCUUAAGGGACUUACCCCAGUAUGGGCAAAAGCAGUGGCAAUCCUAUUUUGGGCGAACAUUUGAUGUUUACACCAAACUCUGGAAGUUCCAACAGCAGCAUCGACAAGUGCUGGACAAUCGGUAUGGCUUGAAGCGCUGGCAAAUUGGGGAAAUUGCUUCCAAGAUUGGGCAGCUCUAUUACCAUUAUUACUUGCGCACUUCAGAAACCAGCUAUCUCAAUGAAGCUUUCUCCUUCUAUUCAGCAAUUAGGCAGAGGUCUUAUUACUCCCAAGUCAACAAAGAAGACAGGCCUGAAUUAGUGGUUAAGAAGCUGCGUUACUAUGCAAGGUUUAUAGUGGUUUGUCUCUUGCUCAACAAAAUGGAUGUUGUAAAGGACCUUGUAAAGGAGCUGUCAGAUGAAAUUGAAGAUUACACACAUCGUUUCAAUACUGAAGAUCAAGUGGAAUGGAACCUGGUUCUUCAGGAAGUGGCAGCAUUCAUUGAGGCAGACCCUGUCAUGGUUUUAAAUGAUGACAACACCAUUGUAAUCACCUCGAACAGGCUUUCUGAAACAGGAGCUCCGUUGCUAGAGCAGGGGAUGAUCGUGGGACAGCUUGCUCUUGCGGACGCGCUGAUUAUUGGGAACUGCAACAACCAGGUCAAGUUCAGUGAAUUAACAAUUGAUAUGUUCCGAAUGCUACAAGCACUUGAAAGGGAACCAAUGAAUUUAGCAUCACAAAUGAACAAACCUGGAAUGCAGGAGUCAACAGAAAAACCAGCCAGGAGGGAAAAUCCCCACAAAUACCUACUUUAUAAACCAACUUUUAGCCAGCUGUAUACAUUUUUAGCAGCAUCAUUUAAGGAGCUGCCUGCAAACAGUGUGCUGCUGAUUUACUUGUCUGCCACGGGCGUGUUUCCAUCAGGUCGUUCGGAUAGUGAAGGGCCAUAUGAUUUCGGUGGUGUUCUGACAAACAGUAACCGGGACGUUAUAAACGGGGAUGCCAUCCACAAGCGAAACCAGUCCUACAAGGAGAUGCACUGUCUUCACCCUGGAGAUCUCUACCCUUUCACAAGAAAGCCCCUGUUUAUCAUUGUGGACUCUUCAAACAGUGUCGCCUAUAAGAAUUUCACAAACUUGUUUGGACAGCCAUUGGUGUGCUUGCUUUCUCCAACAGCAUAUCCAAAAGCAUUGCAAGAUCAGUCUCAGCGGGGUAGCCUCUUCACACUCUUUCUGAACAAUCCUUUAAUGGCAUUCCUAUUUGUCUCUGGAUUAUCAAGCAUGCGCAGAGGACUGUGGGAGAAGUGUCAAGAUUACCUUAGGAAAAUCAACCGAGACAUUGCCCAGCUGCUGACCCACUCCAGAUCCAUCGAUCAGUCUUUUCUCCAGUUUUUUGGGGAUGAAUUUCUUCGCUUGCUUCUGACAAGAUUUAUCUUCUGUUCGGCCACUAUGAGGAUGCACAAAAUUUUCCGGCAGGAGACUCGAAAUUAUCCAGAAUCUUAUCCUCAGCUGCCAAGAGAUGAAACGGUGGAGAACCCUCACCUCCAAAAGCACAUUUUGGAGCUGGCUUCCAUACUGGAUGUUAGGAAUGUUUUCCUGGAAAACACCCUCGAUGACUAUUAAAAGAAACUGUCUCGCUACAAAGGGGUUUCCCUGGCCACAGAUUUUGAAUGGUGCAGUUUUAUAAUGUGAAAAUCAUCAAAGGAAGUACUUGAUUUUAUUUUUAAAUGUAGGACCAUUAUUUUAAGAAGUACAAAGCAGCAGCUGUCAGUCCAGCUGUUCCGUUCUGUAUGGGGUCCAUUUUAUAAGCAGAAGUUUUCAUGUCUUUUAAAUGUUAAACUAAAGAAUCCCUAGAGGUUUAUUUCUGGUCUUGUGGCUGUCAACCACAUUUCCAACAGCUGAUCCUAAGCAUAGAGGUAUCAUUGGUCACCUUUAGCCCACCUUUAUGGAAAUCCUUUAUUUUUAUACAAUUUUAAGAAAUUGGAAAAAAUCAAUAGAAAAAAAAAACCCCAAUAUUUUAUCCCCAAAGAGUCUGGAUUUGAAAUGGUAAAGAUGGAACCACACAGUGCAAACCAACAAUAGCAAUAAAACAGAGUCCUUCGUAACAAAUAUAUUUUUUCAGUCUUAGGCAAGUAAGUUGACAAACUGUGGAACCAGGUUGCAUCCGGAGCAGUGGGUUUGAAGUGAAGUUGGAAACACACUGUGUAACUCCCUACAAAUUUGACGCAGCAGUUUUAUAUAUGGACUUCGUAGCACUGGCCAAGGACACAAUUUCCACUCUGCCUGAUGGGGUAGAUGGUUAGCAGCUUCACAAGUUACAAAACUAAGCAAGCUAGCCUCCACCUCUCACUUGUGAUAUGGGUCAUCUUCACAUUUCAGUUGCUGCCACAGUUUUCCAGGAUGAAGGGGCAUUCUUCAUUUUGAAGUACUAGAUAGGAAUUCUUCUGUUUCCAGCAGGGGUUAUCUCUCCUUUCCACGUGCAGAUGGAAUGUGGCUCACACAAUGUUAACAGUCCCUGACAGGAGCUGAAAGAAUGUCCCAUAUAGUGCUGAAUAGAGCCCUUCCUGUCCCUCAUCUCUCCGCCCCAUCUGUGCUGGAUCCCUGUGCCCUAGGAGAGAUGCUGAUACUUCUCUCAUAGGUUAAACAAAGCGAGUGCUGCCAUAACAGCCAUCGGUGUUUUGCAUGCCCACCGUUGCAUCUCAGUCCUAGCUUUGAACCAGUAAAACCGAGGGGCUGUAAUUGUGUGUGGUAGCACCAUAGGCUCCCUCAGCCCAUAUGCUCAGUCUGGGUACAUGAAGGACCAUGGUGGCCUUUGUAAAGGCAGCUGCUGGAGGGGGCUGAUCUGAGUGCUGGGCAAAGUGCUUUGCUGACUCGUUUGGACGGUACUGCCUUCCUUGCAGAGCUAGAGGGCCUUUUGCAGCUCCUGACAGUAAAGAUGUGAGCAAGGAGGAGGAAAUGAAAAAGUCCAUUGUCAUGGUUCCGUGGUAGGAAAGGAGUGAAAGGACAAGGCUGAUCAGUGCUUUCAUGUUGAACCCCAGCUGUGCCUCUCUUUUUAGGUGAAAAAAAAGAAAAACCUGGUGCCUACCAUAGCAUCAGGGUAGGCCUGUUCCCAGUGCCAUCAUACAAAGCAUGGUCUAGUCAGCGGGAACAGCGGAGGGCAGCAGGUCAGCACUGAUGGACCCCCCUCAGCUGAGGAGAGCACGGGAUGGAGUAGCCAGAAUCACUGGGAAGCGUGUGGGAAGGCUCUCUCUAGCUGGGCUGAAGGUUAUGCCACCUAUUCUUUAUUUUCCCAAGUGUAAAAAAUUCUAUGGAUGCUAGUGUUUGUUCUGAGCAGUCUUGAAGCUGGUACACUGAGCCCCUCACCACUUGGUGCUGCUUUUCUUUGGACUCUGGCGGGACUCCGCUCCCUGGAUGUGGAGUUUACUUUGAAGAGUGUGUGUCUGUGUGUGCAUGUGUGUUCUCGGCGUUUGUGUGUAUAUGUACAAUACCACACAUCUACUGGCUGGUGUAAAUUGUAAAUAUGUAUAUAUGUACAGGUACUUGUAUAUGUAUUAAAAAGAAUGAAACAGUACAAUGUCUAUAUACAAAAUUUAUAUAUACACACAUACGCUGUUUUGGGUGCAUUCCAGAAGAUGUUGCAGAUCACUUGUUGUAGUAAAGGUUAUGAGUCUUAUGCUGUUGUAAUUUGCUGUUUCCAGGCUCUUACACGUGGACCUUGAAGUAAUUUGUAAGUGAUGUCAGGCGCAGGAGGCCUUAGCUAGAGGAAUGAGGACACCUGUGUGUGUUACGGUGACAAGGUUCAUGUGUUCUUAACUGUGAAGAUGAUGAUCUGUCUUUCUUCCUGGUAGGAGGUCCCCAGUUGUUAGAACAUGGGAUUGUAUGUAGAAGCUAAAGAUACAGAAAGCCUUUAAUGCAGCAGCAAGUGGCAGAUGGGUUAUCCAUUGCCCUGCCUGCUGUUCCUCCACCAGCAGUGUUCAACUUGCAUGGAAAAAGGGGAAUUUAGUUUUCCUCUACUUUCUGCCUUCCAGACAAACGCUUUUGUUUUGCUUUUGCUUUGAAGCUAUCCUCAUUUGGUUCUGUGUAUCUGGAAAAGAGGAUGCUAUUUCUAAGCACAGGUGUGGUGAUGAUUCCAUGAGUGUGGGCUGGUGAACAAAACUCUUUGGGAUGUUGCUUAAGUGAAAGCCUUGGCAGACCCAGUGUUCGUUUUAGCUGGGCUGAAGUG